GGAUGGCCUUCCCAGUAGAUUUGCUGGAUAACUGCACACAUGAGGAACUGGAAAAUUCUGCUGAGGACUAUCUCUCCAACUUAAGGUGUGCAGACCCUGAAAAUCCAGAGUGUUUUUCUAUUCUCAAUAUUACGAUUCCUAUUAGCCUGUCAAAUGUGGGCUUUGUGCCUCUUUAUGGUGGCAAUCAGGCCCAGAAAAUUCUUGCCCUCUUUGCACCUGAGGAUUCACUCACAGCUGUGGCACUUUACCUUGUUGACCAGUGGUGGGCCAUUGAUGAUAUUGUGAGAACAUCUGAACCUUCUAGAGAGGGGUUAAAGCAGGUGAGCACUCUUGGAGAAAGAGUGGUUCUGUAUGUUCUCAAUCGAGUUAUUUAUAGAAAGCAGGAAAUGGAGAGAAAUGAGAUCCCAUUCCUGUGCCAUAGCAGUACUGACUAUGCUAAGAUUCUGUGGAAGAAAGGAGAGGCUGUUGGGUUUUACUCAGUUAAGCCUACAGGAAGCUUAUGUGCCUCAUUUCUUACUCAGAGUUACCAACUGCCAGUUCUUGAUACAAUGUUUAUAAGAAAGAAAUACAGAGGAAAAGAUCUGGGGCUUCAUAUGCUGGAGGACUUUGUUGACUCCUUUACAGAAGAAGCCCUUGGCUUGCGGUACCCUCUGUCUUCUCUCAUGUACACAGCUUCCAAGCAGUACUUUGAAAAGUACCCAGGAGAUCAUGAACUUCUUUGGGAAGUAGAAGGGGUAGGUCAUUGGCAUCAGCGGAUACCAGUCACCAGAGCAUUACAGAGAGAAGCAGUUAAAGUCGCAGAGAUUUCUCAAUAUGAAGCUAAAAGACCUGUGUCUGGAGAGUAUGGUCUUGCUGCUGUACGAGAAUAUGAGCCUGGAAUGGAAGACAGUCAGUCUAGUGAGAUGCAGAUCCAUUCCCUAAAAGAUGCCUUUGCUAGCACUUCUGAAGGUCCAGAAAAGACGCCUGUUUCUACUCGAACUCGAAGUAGUCACCUAAAGCGACCAAAGAUCGGAAAGCGGUUUCAGGAUUCUGAAUUUAGCAGUUCUCAAGGUGAAGAUGAGAACACUGCCCAGACUGCACCUGUGGCUUCAGUAAACAAAAUAGAAUAUACUGCACGCACUUCAGAGAGCUCAGAAGAACUCUUGGAAGAAGAACCUGAGCAGAGAGUGACUGAAUUUGAAGAAGAAAGCAGUGGUAAAGAUGCACAGCCUACACUGGACACUCAGCCACGCCUGGACAAACAGGAUGGUGACAAAGACUCUACAUUAGAGCCUGUGAAUGGUGAGGUUGUGGAUGAUGCCCUUAAGACCUCACUGGUGACUGAAGAGGAGGACUCCAGUGAAGGUCUGGAAGAAGAGCUAAAAGUCCCGUCUUUGAAUUCCAGCGAAGAGACUGUGAAUACUGUUCCAGUGGUGGCAGACCCUCCAAAAACUUCUGAGGCUGCACCAGACAAGACCUCACCUGUUUCUGAUUCAGAAAUGUUGACAGAUCAAGGCCCAUCUGAUGAUAAAGGACAUACUGAGGAAAAGCUAGUUUCAAAAAAGAAAACACAUUUGGGGAGCUCAGACAGUGUUGCCACUCUGUCAAACGAAGAGAAGUCUGAUGGUGGUUUCCCAAAUUCUGCAGUAACAGACUUUCCUGAAGAGCCGGUCUCUGAGAAUUUAUCACCCAACACUACUUCCUCACUGGAGGAUCAGGGUGAGGAUGGAGUCCCGGAGGCCCAGGAAACAUCUGCUGCUCAGAGUUCUCUGAUAGAGGUAGAACUUGAAGAUGUGCCAUUUCCACAGAAUGCAGGGCAGAAGAACCAGUCAGAGGAGCAAUCUGAAGCGUCUUCUGAGCAACUGGACCAGUUCCCACAAUCAGCUGAGAAAGCUGUGGACAGCAGCUCAGAGGAGAUAGAAGUGGAAGUCCCUGUGGUAGACAGGAGGAAUUUGAGAAGAAAGGCCAAAGGACAUAAAGGACCUGCCAAGAAAAAAGCCAAACUGUCCUGAAUGAAGAAAUGCGUAUGAUAAAUUCUUUGUAAUGUAGUUGUUUUUAAACAUAGUAAUUAAUAAACAGCAAGGGGCACAGGAUAGAUUCCAAAGUUUCAAUCUGAACUUAUUUAUAAACGCAUUUUCCUCUCUACCCUUCAAGGCUCACCAUUCUUUUUUAUUAUUUUCUCUAAGUAACUUUUAUUUUUAUGAACCAUGUGUCAAUUUUGAGAAUCCAGGUCAUACAUUUUUCUUUAGCACGUGGAACAUCUAACCAUUAAUAUUUCAAAAAAAUUAAAAAUCUAGUAGACUUUCUAACACAAAGAUCCUAGAAAUCUUUUAUACUAAGGGCUUUAAUGGUAAAACUUGGCAAGGGUUCUCAAAGCUUUAUCUUAGUAUCAAAAACAAUCUCCACUUUUUAAAUGUGGGCAUAAGUAAACAAAAACGUGUCAAUAAAUUAAAAUAAUCUCAAAUGAGAGGACAAAACAUAGUUUUUGGCAGUGAACAUGAUUGUUUUUAUUUCUUAUUAGUUGUAGAUAGUUCAACAUGUGUGAAGUACAGUCUAGCCUUCCUAUCAUCUGACGUUAACAGUACUGUUAGAGACUUAACUGUGGCAUAUGGGUAAUUUAAAAUUCCACCUGACGUAUUAGUUUGCUAUAAUUUUUUAAUUUUUCUGUAUACUUGCAGAUGCUAAAAAGCUUGGGUAUACUUUCAUCUGGUAAACAAUUCAAGCAAUUGAAUUUAGAAUGUAGUUUAAUUUGGACGGUGGGUCUGAUCAGAUACUUUUAUUCCUGCCUAAUAAAUUAGAAUUCUGCAGAAGUAUAGGCCCUUCCUAUGUCUGCUCAAUCCCUCUACUGCUCUGUAAGUCACUGUGAUUCUUCUGUUAAGACUUCCAUCUAGCUUGCAAUUUAUACUUUUAUUUCCAUUUUGGGAUAGGUUUAGAACCACAUCUUUAGACCUAUUCUAUGAGGUGUCGAAUGCCUAAAUUCUAUUUCUGCUGUUCCUUUGAGUCUUGUAUACUUUAGAUGUUCUGACUAUUGACUGUAGGCUACCCUGUAUGUGUACUUUACUGCAAUGUCAAAAGCAUUUAGUUUUUUUGUUUUAUAGGGGGGAAACCUGUUCAUUUCUUUGAGUUGGUUUAAAGUGAGCAAAACAAUUAUUCUUAGAUGCCAUAGAGAAUCUGUCAGUAGUAUUUUCAAAAUACCAUGUACUCUCAUUUAUACUCAAGUUGGAGGCUAUUUUGAGACCAUUAAGAUUUAUUAUUAUGAAACAGUUUGAGCCUUGAGAAAAUACCUGGACUUUGUGUCCUUAUGUGAGGUGCUGUGAGUUUGGAUUUGCAGUCUUCAGUUGGUUAGGUUAGGUGAUUUGGUGAUGUCAGGUCUUACAUUUAGGGAUGAGAUGUUUUAGAAAAUCCAAUUAAUUAAAAUCUUUAAGCAGACCAAAUAGUAAACUCUACUAUGAUGUUAGAACUUGUAUUUACCUGUUGUUUUUAUUUUUGGCUAGAAGUUAGUUAAAUGAUUGUUAAGUGAAAAUUACGGCAUUUUUCUCAGUGCUAAGUUAAAGAAUAGGUGUGAGUAACUCUGAAUUUGCCUGAUGCUGAUGCUGUUUUACACAUUUAGAGAAGCUUUUGUUAGGAUCUCAACUAGGGAUAGUAUCUGAAGAGUCUGUUAAGAUUCAGAAACUUAAAUUCUAGUUUGUUUUUUUUUUUUUGACUACUGUUCCCUUUACAUUCUUUAAAUGAGUGUUUUUAAAAGAUUGCACUCACUGGCAGCUUGAUGUGUGAAUAGUCUCUUGAGUUAAAGCAAAAUACUCAUCACACUGGGGACUAGUAUAUAAACUUAUACUUAUUAAACUUGUUUACUAUAACUGGAAUUUAAAGCAAUUUCAAAACAUUUAGCACACAAGGAAAUGUGUUGUCUGUGACAGAAGUUAAAGUUUAGAGAUCACGGGAAAAAUUUUGUCACACAGGAAAGAUCUUUCAUGUUCAGUAGCAUACUGAUCAUAUAAAAUUUAUAAUAAAAUUUGUAUGUAGUAGGGAACCUAAAUAAACUUAAUUCAAUACUUGUAGUUUUUGCAAGGCAUUAGGAGGGCUGCUGUGACUUCAAGCAGCUAGUUUUGUAUGUUUGGUCACACCCUGUCAUAUCUUGGAAACUGGUACUUUUUGUUUAGAAGUCAUGUUUGUGGAGAAGGGUGUUCCCUUCUGGUGUAUAUACAUAUAUAUUUCCGUAUAUAAUAUAAAGCAGAUGAGUAUUAGCAAAAUUUUAGUUUUACUUUCAAACCUAAACUAUUAGACCACACAAAAAAUUAUUUAAGAAUUUUAUUGUAAAGCUCCUUUACAAGUUUUAAAGAUGGAGAGAUUAUAUUAUGAUUUUUAACAAUAUCAAAUAAUAGCAUGACUUAGAAUGUCAGUCAUCUAUGUUAUGUUCACAUCCUUCUACUUUAAUGUGUCUACGUUAUUUCCACUGGUUUGCAGAGCAAGGAAUUCUAGUCAUUAAUGGUUUACUUUUAAUAGAUCAUCACAGUGUUACCUGAGAUGGUUUGUGACUUUAGCAUAGUGUUCCCUUAAACCCUGUCUAUGAGCUAAACAUCUCCAAGGCUCCUUCCUCUGCAAUUACCUUCUAAGGUGUGGUCACACCAGCAGCCUACACAGAUUUCAAUGUAAAUAAGGAGUUUAUACUAACACUACUCAUAUGUAACCAUAUUUAGGAAGCAACUUCUGCCUUUUAUGUCCACUCGCAAUCUGGUGUUUUUUGGUGUGGUCUGUUACAUAUGUCAUGCUUGCUUUCAUACUUCCUACAAGAUAGUUUGCUGUUUUUAUUUCUUAAAAAAAGCAAACCUACUUCAGCAAUACCACACUGAUUACCUGAAGUCAGACUUCCUUUCACUAUCUCUGACUUGAGCGAAUAAAUCAUAUAGUACCCAUUUUUAUUGGUGGAAAACGUUAAAAUCUAAUUGUAAGAAAGGUCCUGAGGUGAAUCUGUUUGUACUAAAUGGUCAUUUACUACCACCAUCUUUGUAUGUUCUAAAACUUAGAGGAAAAAAAUGUUGUAUUAUUCAGAGCUGCAAGUCUUACUGGAGAAUUUACGGUUUGUUUCCUUGCUAGUCUUCCCCCCACCUUAAUGUUUAAAAUAGUAAUUAAACCUAUAUUUUGUGAUUGUUUUCUGGUCUGUUUUCAAUUUUUUUCUUUUUUCCCCCAAUUUUCAUUCAUGAAGAUGUGCUUAAUUAUUGUAAUAGACAUUGAAUGAUUCUGUUAAAGGCAAAACUAGUCACAUUGG